UCGCACGGCAUUGCUAGUCUGCUCGAUGGGGUCUUUGAAGCUGCUGCUGGUGGUGGUCUGGGCGCUCUGUAGGGGCGUCAUCGUGGUGGCGGAUAUCAGGAUUACGGGCCCGUACGAGAUCGACUUAGAGUUGUUUUCACCAUGCACUGAUAUUGGCAGUCUUGAUAUUAAAUUCGAUGUGUCCUACGGUUUUAAACAUUGCAGAGUUGCUUACAAUGGAAACCUGACGUUUCCAUAUGAUGAAGACGACGAGGAACUGAUGACUACAAUUAGAUUUGACAAGUGGGGCAGUACUGCUGGCUGGUCAUAUGAAGGUACUUUGGAGAGAUAUGACAUUAUGACAUUCCUGCUUACCUACUUUCCAAAUGCCUUCAAAAGUUUCUAUGGCAGCAUGGGCAUUACAGGAAAACCAAUGCCGGCCGGUACCUACCAAAUGGUGAACUUCAAUCCGAGGGGGCUAAAACUUGUUAACCUUCCUGAAUUGCCGUAUGGUCAUUUCAGGUUAACGGCGAAACAAUCCAAAGAUGAUAAUCUGUUAGGUUGUCUGGAGUUUCGUGUCGACGUCAGGGAGAUCCCAUCAUAUAGAUAGCAGGUAACUUGAAGAAAGGCAAAAAAGGCAUGCGCAUCAUCGGCUGAAGCACAAGGAAACAGGACUAAAUCACCUGACUGGAUCAGCAGAAAAAUAAAUAUAUAAAUGAAGUAAAAACAAAAUAAUAGAAAUUAAAAAUUAAAAUAAAUAAGAAAGUAAGAAUC